AUGGACGAGGCUGCCGUCGCGAGCGCCGAGGCCGAGGCCGAGGCUGCCGCCGCGGCAAAAGCUGCGGAGGCUGAGCGCGAGGCUGCGGAGCUCACGCGCGAGGAUAGGCGUAAGAUUCUGCUGAGCCUGCCCGCCGUGCUGGUCGGCUCCAAGCGAACGGUUCGGGGGCAGGUCAAGGUUUCGCGCGCCGCGGUGAGUUUCAUCGCGGAUAGGGACCAGGACGACGAUCGAAACGGCGAAGAAUCCGCGUCAACCGCCGAGGGCAGCGAAAAGAGCAAGAAACGGUUCUGGCGCUGGCCCAUCGCUCGCGUCGAUGAGGUUCACCACGCGAGGUACCGGCUGCAGCACGUCGCCGUCGAGAUUUUCCUCAUCGAUCGGCGGAGCGCGUUUCUCGCGUUUCAAGAUAAGCGAUCGGCGCGCGACGCCGCCAUGCGCAUCGCGACGUGCAGGCCGGGGAUCACGCUCAUGGAUCGGCGUCGUAAGCUCGCCGCGGCGCAGCGCGCGCAGGAGCGAUGGUGCCGGCGUGAGCUUUCCACGUUUGACUACCUCAUGUCGCUCAACACGCUCGCCGGUCGAACCAGGAACGAUUUAACGCAAUACCCCGUGUUUCCGUGGGUGCUGUCGGAUUAUACGUCCGACUCUAUCGACCUGAACGACCCGCAGGUGUUCAGGGACCUGGCCAAGCCCGUCGGCGCCCUCCACGAACCGAGGCUCAAGCAGUUCAUCGAGCGGUACCAGCUGCUGGCGGAGGAUCCCGACAGCCUGACGCCGCCGUUUCACUACGGGUCGCACUACUCCUCCGCCGCGAUUGUCCUCUUCUUCCUCAUCAGGCUCCAGCCGUUCACGGGGCUGGCGAGGUCGCUCCAGGGGGGACGAUUCGACCACGCGGACAGGCUCUUCGCCUCCGUGGACAGGUGCUGGCGUGCGUGCCUCGAGUCCACCGCCGACGUCAAGGAGCUCAUCCCGGAAUUUUACUCCCUCCCCGAAUUUCUCGCAAACUCCAGCGGCUUCAACCUGGGUGCCACUCAGCAAGGCGCGUCCGUCGGCGACGUCGCGUUACCCCCGUGGGCCGAUGGUUCCCCGCACGAGUUUAUUCGCGUCAUGCGCGAGGCUCUGGAAUCCGAGACUGUCUCUGCCAGGAUGCACCUGUGGAUCGAUCUCGUGUUUGGCCACGCGCAACGCGGAGACGAGAGCGUGAAGCGCCGCAACGUCUUCCACCCGCUCACGUACGAAGGGUCCGUCGACCUCGACGCGGUCAAGGACCCGGACGCUCGCGCCGCCGCGGAGUCGCAGAUCGUCAACUUCGGCCAGACCCCCGCGCAGCUCUUCAGGAAACCCCACCCGAGGCGAGCGCCGCCCCCGUCGCCGCUCCCGCCCAUUCGCCACUCGCCGCACAGCGUCGCGCUGACAUCCGUGACGGCGCCGCCUCGGUUUCCCCCAAACGCGCCGGCAUCACCCGUCGCUUUCGUCUCCGUCGAGGGAUCGGACCUCGCGUCGGUCGGCGGGGGGAACCUCUUCGGGCAAUCGGCGAACGUCCCCGGGCUUCCUUCUGGGGUCAAGGUGGUGACGGCGUCGGUCGAUUGCGCCGUGGGCUCUCACCGGUUUCGAAGGGUCGCCCCUUUCGCCGCGGAGGCUGUCGUGGGUUCGCAGCAUUUCGCGACGCUCGCGGGUGGAAAAAUUUUACUCUCGUGCGGACACUGGGACCACGGCCUGAGGGUGCUCUCCGUCGAGGACAGCCGCGAGCUGCAGAUCGCGACCGGGCACAGGGACCUCGUGACGUGUAUAUCCACCACCGCCGGGCGGGUGGGACGCGCCGGCUCUCGCGAUACCACGGUGGCCGUGUGGGAGGUGACGCCGCCGCCCGACGGGUGGGGCGGCGCGCAUCCGUCCUUCUCUCGCGGCGGCGGGCUCGGGCAGCGUCCUCGUCGGAUCCUCUUCGGUCACGCGGACGGGGUGACGUGCGUCGCGGCUUCCGCGGAGCUCGACCUGGUGGCGUCGGGGGGCGCGGACGGCGCGGUGUUGCUGCACACGCUGCGCCAGGGCCGUCACCUGCGGACGCUCAGGGAUGCGGGGUCGGAUGCGGGCGUCCCGUCGUGGCUCUGUUUCCUCGAGGCGCCCGUCGCGGCGGUUCUCGUGUACGACGGGGAUCAACUGACGCUCUCGACGCACGGGAUCAACUCCCCGUCGGACGCGCCACCCCUCGCGACCGCGAACGCCACGGAGCGGCUGCACGCGCUGACGCUGUCGCCCGAUGGACGUUUCCUGGUCACCGGGGGUGAGAAGGGUGCGGUCGUCGUCCGUAACUGUCACGACCUUCGCGUCUGCGCGCGCUACGACGGGCCGGGGCCGGCGGUGACGGCGCUGCGGACCACGCCGGAGGAGUGCAUCGUCGGGGGACUCGCGGACGGGAGGAUCGCGGUGUGGGCGCCGGGCGUGGCGGGAGCCUGA